CUUAUCUUCUCAACUCGUUGUUCGUCGACCAUCGACCAUCGACGUCCCUCUUUCACUUUCUUUCAAAAGACAUAUUUAACGUGUCUAUCCAUGCUCUUUUAUACUCCAACAUAGUAUUGAACUAUUGACUCUUGACACGGCGAAAAGAUGUCUGCUCCACUCGCCGUCCCGGCGAUGAACAGGCACACUGCCACUGUCAUCUUCCUUCACGGCCUUGGUGAUCAGGGUGCUGGCUGGAUCGAUCUGGCUGUGAACUGGCGCCGCCGCCAAAAGUUCACUGAGACUAAAUUCAUCUUCCCCAACGCCCCAUCCAUUCCAAUCACACUUAAUGGUGGCAUGCGCAUGCCGGGAUGGUAUGAUAUUAAAGCCAUUGACGACUUCUCCACCGAGGAGGACGAGGCUGGCAUCAUGCGCUCGCGCACCACAAUUCACCGACUCAUCGACGCCGAAAUCGCUUCGGGUAUCUCCUCCGAGCGCAUCAUCAUCGGCGGCUUCUCCCAGGGCGGUGCGAUGUCCCUGCUCUCCGGCGCUACCUGCGAACACAAGCUCGGCGGCAUCGUCGCGCUGUCUGGUUACAUGCUCCUGAAGAACAAGUUCAAGGACCUCGUUCCCGAAGGAAACGCGAACAAGGAUACCGAGAUUUUCAUGGGCCAUGGAGACCAGGACCCGCUCGUUUUGACCGAGUGGGGUAGAAUGACUGCCGCAAAGAUGUCGGAGUUGGGAUGGAAGGUUGAUUUGAAGAUCUACCCCGGACUCAAACACUCGGCGGCUCCUAAGGAAAUUGAUGAUUUCGAGGACUAUCUACACGUUUGGAUUCCGGAUCUGGAGGAGGAACCAGCUCAGUGACUUGGAGGGACAAUGGGGGGAAAUAAAACGCCACAGCAUGACACCUGGGACCAGACACUGUGUGUCAGCCUUGCGAUUGUCAUGCUCACCGUCGCAUGGCUGCUCUGCCGCCGCCGCAUCUGGCCACGAAGCACAGCUAUGCGACGAAACAAAGUCAUUGUUGCCCAAGAAUAGGUAGUUUGGUCAGGGGAGUAAGGGAGAAAACUUGGAUUUAUAUCGGGGCCAAUGUGCAGGAACAGAUCAGCCCAUAGAAACUUAAUCAAAUACAAAAUACAAUGCCGUAGUUGCAAUCGGAAUCGGACUAUCUUCGGCAUCCCGAUUCUCUGGGAAUUGCAGUGGAGUUGUAAGCCGUAAGCUAUUAUUGGG